AUGAAUAGAUUCGACAAUAUAUCAAAACACGAUAAAGAAGAAGAGAAUAAUGCAAGAGGAAAUUGUACGAAACAAAACAAAAUAUUGGAAUUGGACCUGGACUAUUUGGAGCGAGGUGGUGGUGGCACCUUGACAGUGGGCGGGGCUCCCAGCGUGGAGCCCAGCCCGGACAGUCUCGAACUCAUCAAGGUUGUCCUUCUUGGGGCCCCAGCUGUGGGUAAAACCAGUAUCAUUCAGGUCUUGAGACCUCUACAGACCCGUCAAAUCAGUUUUGAAGCAAGCCGGUCCGCCUUUCCUCCACUCUCGCUCUCAACACCAGGAACCAUGAGAAUCAUGGCCCCCGUGGCCGCCUUCCCCCAUCCUUUCCCCGGCAAUUCCCAGUUUCGGGAGAGAGUGGUUCAGUGA